UCUGAUUCAUUUUUUGAUCUCCCUUUGAAUUUAAAAGACAAUUCAAUUCGUAUUUCGCCCCCUUUUCCCAAUUGAAGACUCGGAAUUGGGAAGAUCAUUCAAUAUCUGGAACAUCCAUACUCUGUUCUGUAUACAUUUUUCCAUCCAGCUUCCCAUCUAGGUACCGGCACUAUCUUUUCACUCACUCACUCAUAUCCAAGUUCGCCUCCUUCACCUCAAACAGAAAGAGGAGAGGAGAGGAGAGGAGAAAAGAAAAGAAAAGAAAAAGACCAUUCAUUCUUCACUUGAUAGGCGGGUGCACGUGUCAAUUCUUUGUUAGUUUGAUUAUUAUUAUCAUUAUUAUCUUUAUUAUUAGAACAUUUCUAUACUAUCCUUCAUAUCACACGUACCAACGACCGGGGCUAAAAGCAAUGUCCUGAGUGCGAACCCAAAGAUCAUUCCAACAACCACAAUGCAGUAUCAAAAACUUCCUUGGUCAUCAAGAAAGUUUCUAAACGGCUAGUCUCAAAUCUAUGAGCAUUCGUUGCUCUUGCCUUCUUCGAAUCUUGCCCUUCCUACCGAGUACCUAGUGAGCUUCAUUACAUCGCCGACGGAACCCUCGAAGAAUAACACCGAUACAAUAAGAUUUAUUGUCUGCCGCUUCUCGAGCAUCUGCAGAAUAGCAAAUUCGAUUGAAUCCAUUAGAAUCAUUAAAUAUGGCGAACAAAAACAUAUCGCAGGAAUCGGCAGCAGAGCAGGAGAGACAGGAGGUGCUCGCAUUAUUGCAUUCGACCAAUGCUAGACCCAGAGGCUCGGUGAGCUCCACCGGUUCGGGGCAUCGACCUGGUGGCGGGAGAAGUUUAUCACCAUUUGCGAAUAUGGCCAGGUCUCCUGUCCGCAGUAUGUUAGAUAUUGAUAGCGCUCCAGCGAAAACUCGACAUUCAUCUAUUGGUGGCACAAGCACAGGAACCACUGCCCCAGUUCGAAGUAUGCUGGAUGUUAAAACACCAUUGACAACGUCGCCUGCCGUACGAAGUAUGCUUGAUGUUUCUUCUACUGCGCCCACAGCAUCUGGUUCUAGAAGUGCGCAGACUUCCCCGACAGCGAUAAAUCACAAGACGCAUGCCAAAAAUGGUAGACAAUCGAGGAGCUCGUCAGAUGCAGCAGCAAAAUCUACCAUCGAAUUUGGACCUAGAGCAAUCACCAGGGUCGACCCUAACGAAUAUCAAUUCUCUGGCUAUCUACCAAGUAACCCAGGCGGUCCUUCGGUCCCGAAACGCAACACGCAAGCAGGAAAGAGGAUUACGAAUUCAAUGGCAGAGGUAGUAAGAUCAGGCGUAGAUCUUAGCGGCUUUGGAGGCGGGCGUGAUAGGGAAAGACACAAUUCAAUCGGAAGUGCUAGUGGCAUUGCGGCGAAAUCAAAGUCGCCUCACAAUCGGUUUUCCCCACGUUCUAGUUCCCCAGUUCCCGCAGAUCCUUCGAAAUAUGCCGUUUUGGACAAUGGCAAAGUUAUAGACGUCAACAGUGCUUAUCAACGAUUGUCGGAUGCCAACCUUGCGCGAUCGAACGGUGAAUUAUCCAUGUUAAGUCAAAAGAGCAGGCAAAAUCGGCCAGAUAAUGAAUAUUUCGACAUUAAUGGACCUCGACUGAAGAAAGACUAUGUGCCAAUGGAAGGCGAGGAAAGCGUCGUUGACAGUACGGAUGAAUCGGACGAUGAAGGUCCCAGAGGGCGCAGAAAGAAGGCGAGAAGUGUAGAUGGAGACGAUUCCGAGCGAGAAAGCACAACUUUGGGAAUGGGGCAAGCGAAAGGUCCAAGAACACCUUUAAGUCAAAUGGCUGCUGCUGAGGCAGAACGACAAGAUGUCGUGGCCAAGGAAGCUUUGAAUGAGAAGUACAAAGUCAAAUCACUUCUUGACCCAGAAAUCACCUUGACAGGACCUGCUGGACACAAACCAAAUAAGCCCGUGGUACAUCCGCAUACGAGCUUCGAUCCGGACGGCUCUGGUGAACCUAGUCCACAUGAUUCAGAUACUGAAGCAGAUUGCGGCGACGUUAAAAAGGCUCAAAGUCUUUCACUGACCAUGACUGCAAUAAGAUCUACCCCAACGACAUCACGCUGCGUACGUACAAUACACCGUGGAGAUUUCAAGAAGGUUCAACAAGAAGCCCGCGAGAACCAACGCCGUACCAGGAAGUAUCUUGUCGCAACGGAUCUCAGUGAUGAGGCAGCACAUGCUUUGGAAUGGACUAUUGGGACAGUAUUGAGGGAUGGCGAUACAAUGCUUGCAAUCUAUUGUGUUGAUGAAGAGCUUGGAAUUAUAACUCCUGACAACAGCGGUGAUGAUGCCCAGAUCAAGCAACAAAUAUCUGCUAUUGCUUCGGCUCAAAGAUCUGCUAGAGCAUCUCGUGCCAAUACCCCCUUACUGACGCCUAGUCUAGGACCGGGUCAACUAAAUCACAGCUUCAGAUUAGAUCCGGGCAGUAGAGCGGCCAGUCCAAUGGGGAGAGACUCGAGAAGCAAAGCCGAACAGGAUCGAUUCCGAGCCGUAGAAGACAUCACGGAUAGAGUAUCGGAUCUUUUAAGGAAGACAAAGCUGCAAGUACAAGUCAAUAUCGAAGUUCUUCAUUGUAAAAAUCCGAAGCACUUGAUCACCGAAGUGAUUGACUACGUCAACCCAACCCUAGUUAUAUUGGGGAGCCGUGGGAGAAGUGCUUUGAAGGGUGUUAUUUUGGGAUCAUUCUCUAAUUAUCUGGUUACAAAAUCAUCAGUCCCCGUCAUGGUUGCUCGGAAACGUUUACGAAAACAUAACAAGCAGAAGCGUACUCCUCACAUACGUCUCGCAAACAAUCUUACCAAUCCACUAGUCAAAUCUUUGGCCAGUGCGAAGAUUGACUAAUUAAGUAGACGAUCUGAUUUUAAUUUAAGGCAGGUGGCGUUUGGCUGAGUUUGCUCUUUUUUGCUCUUUCUCUGUUUUGAUUGCUGGAGUGAUGCGAUGCACAUACAUGCACUUCUAUUGUACCUGCCAAGGCGGCAUUAACUCUCGAAAUUUUGUUAGGAGAGCUCGGCGUUUAUGGAAUCGGGAUGGAAUUGAAGAUAUGGGACAUCGGGUGGCGAUUGCAAUUAUGGCUUGGGAAUCCGUGACCAGGAAUUUGCGAAAGAAUACUAAGUAUUCAACACACCACUCUUUAGCGAAUCUUUUCUUCCUCGUGAAUGAGGAAUGCGAAACACGGCAUGGAAAUCGGAAUGAGAUAGUGAGUAGCUUAAUAAGUGGCCCAAUUAAUUAUACAUACAAAAGAUCGCU